AUGGCUGAUGGUGAUGGUACAAGUCUGAUGGCUGAUGGUGAUGGUACAAGUCUGAUGGCUGGUGGUGAUGGUACAAGUCUGAUGGCUGGUGGUGAUGGUACAAGUCUGAUGGCUGGUGGUGAUGGUACAAGUCUGAUGGCUGAUGGUGAUGGUACAAGUCUGUUGCCUGGUGGUGAUGGUACAAGUCUGAUGGCUGAUGGUGAUGGUACAAGUCUGAUGGCUGAUGGUGAUGGUACAAGUCUGGUGGCUAGUUGUGAUGGUACAAGUCUGAUUGUGAUGUGGUCGCACAUAGGCACUGUAACUGUCCAGUUAGGUGCUGUAUUGUCCAUUAAUGGCACUGUCCAGUUAGGCAGUGUACAGUUACACUUUGUCCAGUUAGACUUUGUCCAGUUAGACACUGUCCAGAUAGACACUGUCCAGAUAGACACUGUCCAGUUAGACACUGUCCAGUUAGACACUGUCCAGAUAGACACUGUCCAGAUAGACACUGUCCAGUUAGACACUGUCCAGUUAGACACUGUCCAGUUAGACACUGUCCAGUUACACACUGUCCAGAUAGACACUGUCCGGAUAGACACUGUCCAGUUAGACACUGUCCAGUUAGACACUGUCCAGUUAGACACUGUCCAGAUAGACACUGUCCAGAUAGACACUGUCCAGUUAGACACUGUCCAGUUAGACACUGUCCAGUUAGACACUGUCCAGUUACACACUGUCCAGAUAGACACUGUCCGGAUAGACACUGUCCAGUUAGACACUGUCCAGUUAGACACUGUCCAGUUAGACACUGUCCAGUUAGACACCAUCCAGUUAUACACUGUCCAGUUAGACACUGUCCAGUUAGACACUGUCCAGUUAGACACUAUCCAGUUAGACACUAUCAAUUUAGACACUGUCCAGAUAGACACUGUCCAGUUAGGAACUGUCCAGUUAGACACUGUCCAGUUAGACACUGUCCAGCUAAGUACUGUCCAGUUAGGAACUGUCCAAUUAGGCACUGCCCAGUUAGACACUGUCCAGUUAGACAUUGUCCAUUAA